UUAAUUGAACUUUGUAGUAGUUUAUCUUCAAAUUUGAUAAAAUUCAAUCUCUAAAUAUUGAACAAUGGCGUGUUCGUCAUAAUUCAUACAAGGAAAAUGGCUGAUUUCAAAACAAUGUUUCUUCAGUUAUUAUGGAUUCUUCUUGUCAUGAAGAGUGUGGAUUCUGCGGAUACUACAGGAAAACACACAGGGUCGCCUAAACCACCAAUGAUUAAUACAAUAAUUAACUCGUCAACACCCGUACUAACAACAGUACCAGCAGCAACACCAACAACACCACCGACAACUCUAAUUACCAAAUCAACAACCAUUCCAUCGACAACUAUAACAACCGUUCCAUCGACAACUUCAACAAUAAAAUCAACAAAAGUACCAUCUACAACUUCCAAAAUAAAAUCAACAACCGUUCCAUCAGUAAGUUCAACAACAAAAUCAACAACAGUACCAUCGACAUCUUCAACCACGGUACCAUCGAUCACUUCACCAACAAUAACAGCAACUGUACCACUGACUAAUACAGAAACAAAAACAUCAAUAACUGUACCAGAUUCAACUUCUGUACCAACUAUAACAACAGUAAACAAAUCAGAUAUACCACCAACGACAGCAACGUCAAAAUCUGAGCUAACGGUUAGUGCAACUAUUACUGGUUCUACAAACACUCCAUCACCAACACCAAUGAAAAUUCCGACCCCUAUCACUUCUCAAAGACCCCAAACAACAGAUGGUACAGAAUCAAGUGGAACAAGUACAGAAGAAACAAAUAGCACAGUGGCAACUACAAGUACAGAAGAAACAAAUAGCACAGUGGCAACUACAAGUACCAAGACAGCAACACUCAAACCAAGAAAAACAACUCAUAAGUCGACAGUAACAGAAACGUCACAUAAACCGACAAUGCCUACUAAAGGAACAACUGAAGCACAAAAUGGGAGUAAGAGUAAAUCUAAAUCGUACGACAGAGAACUUGUUAUAAUAUUCGGUGUUAUGUUAGGACUAAUGUUUGUUGUCAUUGUUAUUUUUGGAAUACAUAAGUGUCGCCAUAGAAACAAAGAAUCGGACGAUUUACCAAUGUCGUCUGCGGACAAAUAUAGAAACGGUGGAGAGGACGUUACCAUAGCAGCAUCUUCGUUUUGAUAUUUGAGGAUUAAGCUGAUGUGUUCACUUUUUAUUGAAACAUUAUACGUUAUUGUUUAUUGAAAUGCAUUGUUCAUGUACUUGAUUUAGUAUUAUCUCAAUGGGCAAAUCAUUCAUGUAUAUUAUUUACUUUUUUUCGCACGAAUUUCACUAUUUACCUUAUCAUUAAAUUCAUAAUCAUAAAUUAUGAUCAUAAAUAUCUAAAAUGUGAAUACAAAUGAAAUACUAUUCUGACACAAAUUGAGAAAUAUUUUAUUCGAUGUGUUUAAUUAAUAAUUCCUUUGAUUUUUCUUAAUCAAAUUGAUGUAUAUGAUUUGAAAAACGGAACGCUAUUUUCAACACCAACACUGCAUCGAUCAAAGGAGUAGGUUCAGUAAGACCCCUUUUUGGUCCCAAAAUGUAGCAGAUUUACAAAAUUGUUAAAAGGUUAAACUUUUAGUUUUUUAAUGCACAGUAGAAUGCUUCUGCUACAUAAAUAUGGGCUGUUUUUGACAAUACAAUGCACAUGUAUCGGAUACGAGCACCAUUAAGUCAUGCUAAAUUACUGAAAUCUUCACAAUUCUAGCAUUUUAGUUAAAUUUUAGACGGUUUACGUGUAAAACUAAAGUGGCCGCAUUCGUGUUCAUCCUUUAUAUUGAAAUGUAAGUUGUAUUUUAUGAUAAGACAUGACAUAUAUCAAGGUUGAGGAUGAACACGGAUGCGGCCACGUUCAUUUUUGACAAAAACUAUAUGAAAAGUGAUAUUUUUCGGCAUAUUUGAUAGAUUUUUCAUAUUUGAGCCAGAAUCGGAUCGUUUUUAAUGACUAAAUCAGUUAAAAUCUUUCCCAUUAACUAAUUGAUUCAAAUGAAAUAAACACUUAAGUGUUUAAAAAGUGGUCUAAAUCUUUCGUCAGAUGAACCUAAAAUUUGAGGCCAAAAUCGGUCCUUACCGGACGACUCCUUUGCCAGACAUUGGCAUGUCAAGUUUCCAUUACAUAAAAAGUCCAUUUUACUACAAUGUAUCCAUUGACUGAUCCGUUGACGAUUUACGAAUCUCUCCAUUGCAUAAACAUACCUACAGUUCUAAAAGAAACC